UUUCAGGUGCUGGAGAACUAUUCCGAUGGACCCAUGACCCCAAAACAGAUUCUACAGGUCAUCGAAACGGAGGGCCUAAAGGAAAUGAGAAGUGGCACAUCCCCGUUGGCCUGCCUAAAUGCAAUGCUUCACUCCAAUUCAAGGAGUUGUGAUGGGCUUUUUCACAAGCUUCCUGGGCGCAUCAGCCUUUUCACUCUCAAGAAAGACGCCGUGCCGUGGUCUCGAAAUCUCUCUGCACCUGAGGGAGAAGAUCUAGAUGACACUGUGGAUGCUGAAAGCAGCGGCUCCAACGAAGCUGCCAGUACUGUGAGUGGUGAUAAUGAUGUGUCUCUAGAUGAAACCUCCUCAAAUGCUUCGUGUUCCACCGAGCCUCAGAGCAAGAGCGGGUCUGCUGUUCGGGAGAGCAACAGAGCAGUCUCACAGGCAAGCAAACAGAAGAAAAAGGCUGGCGUGAUGCUUCCACGUGUCGUUCUGACACCCCUGAAAGUCAAUGGUGCACAUAUGGAAACGUCAUCGGGAUUUCCAGGGAGACAGGCCGGUGGCGAGGGUGGUGGCAGCAGCAGCAGCAGCAGCUCUUCGGCCCUCUGCGGUAGCAGUCUGCGCAGCAGGACGGAAAUGGCCAGAGACCCGCCUCAGCUGUUCCGAGGACUCCGAAAGACCUCAGGAGGAGCUGCAGGACAGAUGAAGAGGAACAGAGGAGACGACAUAGACUUUGAGACACCAGGUUCCAUCCUGGUCAACACCAACCUCCGGGCCCUGAUCAACCUCAGGACCUUCAACGCUUUGCCCUUGCCAUUCCAGCAGCAGCUCUUGCUCCUCCUUCCUGAAGUGGACAGGCAGACGGGGGCAGACGGAUUGCUGAGGCUGAGCGGAAGCGCUCUGAAUAAUGAGUUCUUUGCCCUUGCGGCCCAGAGCUGGAGGGAACGACUGGCGGAUGGGGAGUUCACUCAUGAAAUGCAGGUUCGCAUAAGGCAGGAAAUGGAAAAGGAGAAGAAAACGGAGCAGUGGAAGGAGCGGUUCUUUGAAGACUACUAUGGGCAAAAGCUGGGCUUGACCAGAGAGGAGCCUGUGGAGCAAAACUCAGCUCCCAGGGACACGGAAAAGGAGAGCACAUCCGCCUCCCAAGAAGAGCCCGCCAGGGUGUCGCACGGCCCCAUCACGCGGCAACGGGACGGGCACUUCAGGAAGCGCUCCCUUCGAAGCAGAACUCGGAGGAGCUUGUAUAAGUUGCGCGAGGCAGAGCAAGCCGAGGCUGCCACGGAGGUGCCGCCGCCUGUUGAACCAGAGUCCGCUGAGCUUCGAGACCCACAGCCGGAAGCGGGCUUCUGCAAAGGCAGCCAGGCGUCGUCUCCAAAGAGGGAGAUUUCCUCCGAGGCGACCAGGGUCCCGAGAGAAGCGGAAGAGGCCGUGGCCGUGGCCGUGGCCGAGAGGAUUCCCAGCCUGCCCCAGGAGCUGCAGGACCAGGAGUCGAAGGAGCAGAAGAGGAAGAGCUUUGAGCAGGCCGCCUCUCCCUCCUUCCCCGAGAAGAAGCCCCGGCUUGAAGAUCGUCAGUCCUUUCGUAACACAAUUGAAAGUGUUCACCCAGAAAAGCCACAGCCCACCAAAGAGGAACCCAAAGUCCCACCCAUCCGGAUUCAACUUUCCCGCAUCAAACCCCCCUGGGUGGUUAAAGGUCAGCCAGCCUACCAGAUAUGUCCUCGGAUUAUCCCCAAUCCAGAGCCCUCCGGCCAGGACGGACGUGGGGCCUCAGCCCCUGCUGACUUUAAGGCCUGUGCUCUGCAAGGCGGCCGCCAGCGAGAGGCUGUUGCUCCUGCCGCCGCCAUUGGAGGUGGGGGUGGGCCAGGAGGUGGCGGCGGAAGGAGCACAGACAAAGGUGGCGGCAGCGGUGGUCGUGGUGGCGGCGGCGGCGGCAGGGUCCGGCCCCGCGGCCCCCGCCCCAAGUACUGGCGAACGAAGAGAACUCGUGGGAAGCGUGUGCCACAUCUACAGCGAGCACAGUUACUGCCGCCUUCCUGCCUAGCGGAAAAGACAAGCUGGGAGCUGGUCGAAAUAAGCUCCCCUCGGGCAGUCGAGGGAGAUCUUGUGUUGCGACCGGCUGCGGAUCUUGCUUCCUCUGGCUCGGAAGGUGCCAGCCAGCCUGCGGAGGCUUCGGAGGGCGGCUCCGUGGUUAGCCCUGGAGCCAAGCUGCCCCUGGGCUUUGUGGCCCCUGAGACGCCUGUGAGUGGUGCCGGGCAUCUGCUGGGGGAUGUCAGCAGUGAACCGUCUCCAGCUGUUCCUUCCCAGGAGAGCGACAGCGACAGGGAGAGGAACGGUCUCCUUAGAGAUGGAGGUGACGUGGAGAGUCUCGAAGACGACAAGCCGGUCGUCGUGAAUUGCAUCUCGUUUGUGGAUGAAACCGCAGCUAGCCCCAGUUACCCUGCAGCUUUGGCCUUGGAGAAUGGCAAGAAUCCAUCCGUUGAUGGAUCCGGCUCUGGUGAACAGGGCCCUGGCUCUGUAUUGCAGGAUUUGACCCAGUCAUCUCAUGCCUCUCCACGCCAACUGCCAGCCCCAUGUCACGGGAGGGCGGCGCUGAGCAGGCUGCAGGGCAAUGAUCUAGAGAAACCCUUGGGGGGCUUAAACGCAUCCCAUGGUCGCUGCACCCUCGAAAGCAGCCUUCCUUCCUGGGAGAAGCUCUUGAAGACAGGAGGGAUGGCAGCCGGCCAGCAGGCAGGAACCGGGCCAGUCCCUUUCAGCGAUGAGGAAACGAGGAGCGUGGGGAGCGAGACCACGGAGACGGCGUCGGACCUGGAACCCGAGCUCACUGAUGACAGUGCAGAGUUGAAUGACAGUAAAGCAGCGGCGGAAGAAGCCGGUCCCUGCAGUGACCGCCUGGAGGAAUCUAGCGAGAUGAGACCUGGACGUUCCCCACCCGCAGAGGUCUUGCCUCCUGAAGAGGAAGUCUCUCUCGCCCAUUGGCCACCAGACUGGAGAACGCAGCCGCCUCUUCCCCAGAAAGCUUGUGGGACGUCUCCUCCUGGCAUAGACUUAGAGAGCCAGGAAAGGCCUGUGGUGGCGGCUCCCAAAGCUUUGUCGGUAGAAGCGAGCAAUCCCCUGGUGGUGCAGUUGCUCAAGGGAAGUCUGCCUCUGAGAUCAGUUCUUCCAGGGGCUCAGAGCAGCUCCAAGGCCAUAAGUGGGUCCUCCUCUCUGGAAGAGCCCGCCACAGAGCGCUCUUUCCCCGUCGGAAACGAGAACGGUGGGGGCCUUUCCCAAAAGACUCUCCAGGAUGAGGGUCUGGGCAUGAACGGCACGGUGAGGAACGGAUACUGCAUGCCAGGGUCCUUUCAAGGCUCCAUCACAAGCCAGGGCACGGUGGGCCGGCUGGAAAAGGAGGCAGAGGGCUCCAAGAAGAGCCUCAAGUUCAGGCCCAGUCCCAGCACUCCAGAUCAAGGUGCGAGUACUUCCCAGGAAACCUAUAAACUCCCAGAAGCCCUGCGAGGGAGAGCCCUCCCUUCCGGCGCCUGCGAAGCAGAAGAGGAGGCUUCGGUUGCAGCGCCUGCAGGAUCCGCCACCGGCCAGGGCCAAGAAGCAAAGCGGCAAGCCACCCCGGCACCCACACCAUUCCCUCCUGGCGGAAAGCCCCCGGCGUCUCCCGAUCCGCAGAGGGCUGGCUCUGUCUGUCCCGCCCAGGGCGUUCAAGGAAAGAAGGUCUUUGGCCCCAGCGGUCUCUGCAGUGCAGCACAAAGACUGCACCACCACAAGGGGCUGGAGCCCUUUCCCAUGCUGAGCAUGCUGUCCCACAGCAAGCCAGGGCCACCGGCCGCUAAGAGUACAGCCCUGCUUGCUGAAGGCAGGCGGCCUGUAAAGGAGGAGUGGCCGCCACGUGUGACUGUUGGAGGCGGCGGAGGGGUUGAGAACCGAGGGAUCCUAGCCGGUCCUGUCUCAGCCAGGAGGAAAGAGGCCCGGCCUGGCCCCGCUGAGCGUGUGGAGCAGCUGCCGCCGCCACUGCAUAGCCUCCCCCUGGCGAAGGAUCUGCCCUUCUUCAAGUUGCCGAGAGAGCCAGGAAGGGGGCUUCCUCAGCCUCUGGAGCCCUCCUCCAUCCCUUCACAGCUCAACAUCAAGCAGGCCUUUUAUGGGAAGCUUUCGAAGCUGCAGCUGAAUCCUGCCAGUCUCAACUACGCCUCCCACGCGCCCGCUUUUUCCAGGAGUCUGGUGGGCACCAUGAUGCCGCUGGGCCCCAAAGCUGGCUCCCGCGGGGUCUCCCUUUCGGCGCAGAUGUUUGCGGACAGCAGCAACCUGGAAGAAAUUUCACUCAAGUGUUCCUGCAGCCUUAAAGCCAUGAUCAUGUGUAAAGGCUGCGGGGCCUUUUGCCACGAUGACUGUAUUGGCCCCUCCAAGCUUUGUGUGUUGUGCCUUGUGGUCAGAUGAUGAAUUGCGGCCCUGGAAAGACCAGACUUGUGCAUUGGGUGUGUCUUUUUGAUCACGAGGAUACGGUAACGUCUACGCAAAGGACACCCCCCCAGGUGGUAAAUAGAGGCAGUGUUAACCAAGUCUUUUUGUUUGUUUGUUUGUUUCCCUUUUGAAAUUGGUGGUGGGAGUGGUCCUCUUCCUGAGGAUUCGUCUUCCCACAAGAAUUGUGGGACAUUUUGCCCGCUGACGGCCGCCUUCCCUUUGGAAGGGGAGGGAGGACUUGCCCUGCCGACUCAGAUGAGCCCGGCUUGCUCAUGUUUGUCUUCCAUUCUUCCUCUUCACAGCCUCCCUCUCCCAAAGACCAGAGGCUUUGGGCAAACCCUUUGGAGAGCCCUUCGCCUCAGGAGAGCAGGACGUGUCCGUGGCCUUCAGAGCUGCAGGGCAGGAAGAGGGGUGUCCACGGGAAAAGGGGAGCUUGCCUCAUCAUCAGGACGGCCGUGGCCACCGUAGACUGUAGCGCACGCAGUCUCCUGGUGGGAGAACGUGGGCCGUCAGUGAGUUUUGGGCGGAAGCAGUGUCAUUUUUUAAUUAAAAUAAAUAAAUAUAAAUAUAUAUAAAUAUAAAUAUAUAUAUAUAAUUUUAAAGUUUUUCGUUCCUGGGUGUAAAAAGUGAAAUGUUUGGCUCCUCUAUGUAUCCUCUAUGCAUCUGUUGGAUCAUGUAUUUAUAUAUUGUACACAGUUCUGGACGAUUCUGUAAAUUGAUGUUGUGUACAUACAGGGUUGUUUUUUAAAAAAAAUCCUUUAUUUUAACGGCUGCAGCAGUAUUGCAUUAAAGUGGUGUUGGUUCCUAAUUGCUGUCCCUAGUCAGAGCUGCUGUGUUCUGUCUGUCCAGCCUCACCUACGGCCCGCCGGCCACCGACAGCCCCGGCGUUGGGAGGGAGGAUGGCAUUUCUGCCCAAGGCCUUGUCCAACACUCAGGCCCGGGAAGUUUCGUCUCUGGUUUUGCCCCUUCUGCAGCUCUGGAGAGAGCUGAAGGCUAGCACCCUUUGGGUGUCUCACAUUUGGAAAGUGGCCACAGGCAGUGGCUUCUCCCUUUGAAGGGGGGAGGGAGGGAGAAGGAAGUUCCUUGUUGCUCUUAAAAAUGAAAAUAUUGGCAGCCUCUCCUCCUCUCUUCUUUUACCUACCUCUCCCUGGACCAGCCUCCUCUUUUUUUCUUUCAUUCUAGACCUCCCUGUUCAAGAGCUAUAAAAGUGUAAAAAUGGGACUUUAUCUCGAGGUCGUUUACUCUCAAAUUAAGUGGCAGCUUUUUAGCAGUAAACACAAGGAGAUGAAGUGAAUUGCGGUAUUAGAGGCAAUGACGCUGACAGUCUGAAAUCUGCUAACCAAAGAUGGGGGGGACAUGGCUGGGAGGGGCUCGCUUUGCAUCCCCCCCCCCCAGGGCCACUGCUGUGUACAGACGGAUGCUGGUCUGGCGGGGAGAGGGAAAUCCUCUCUGAUGACCCCUAACAUUGUAUGUCCCUUGUGGUAUUGGAAAAAAAAUAAAACAUUUUGAAAAGCUUAA